AAGAGAAAUGUUGAGAAGUAGAAGGUCAUUAUUCCCAAUGUUGUCUACCCAUCUGGUCAGGAGACCUCUGGGCUGUUGCGCCUGUAACUGGUUAGCAAUCUCGGUGUGCUCCUUCAGUCUUCACUUGCAUCGCCGACCGCCCUGGCAGUUCAAAUCUCAGAGAAAUUGUGGAUUUGAAAUUUUGAAUAGCAUCCAACAUUACAAACCAGAGUUCGUGUUCAGCUGUUCAUGUAGAUGCACGCCAACGUAUUGCCUUGUUGGACAACUAACUUCUUUGCCUAUACCAGUUCAUCCAUCCUUGCUUGAUGUUAGUGAUGAAGCUCAAUACCAGACAGUCGUGCGCAUCAGUAGGGGAAUGCAGAUGCCAAGGCCAGCGCAGCUCUCAAGCCACAUUGCCAUCUUUAGUGCACGUGGCAAUCUACAGUGCAAUUCUCUUGCUAUCCUGCUUUGCGGCCACCUUGGCAGUCGGGAGUGAAGGCGACAGUGUCGCUAGACCUGCUCCUGCUUCUUCAGCUAAGCACAUAGUGGAGAUCAUUCGCCGGUCGGGAGCUGUGGUCGGACGCACAGCGGUAGAUGAUCGUGUUCACCUAUCGUUGUCCAAGCCAUCCAAUAUCCCAGCAGAGACUGAGAAGACUGUACCUGCAACUGGUGAUACUCGGCGUAGUAGAAGGGGAAAAACCCGCGAGGCCGCCACGUCCGGGGACUCUCCUGCGGCCGAUCAUGGAAUGGCCCACAGUGACCUGAUUGAUAACUUCCUAAGCGCAAUCCUGCACUCUACAUUGACCAGAGGUGCAGAGUACACACGCGCGUUGCACCGAGAGACCCAUGAUACUUGGCCGCAAGCCUCGCGUAGUUCUCGUCCAGUUCCCUGGAGCACUCCUGAAGCCCAACAAAAAUGGAAUGCAGUUGAAGAUAACUCCAGUGACAUCCAAGUACCGCCUCUCCUAGAAGUCCAGUGUACGAAGGCCUAUUCACCAACGCUUAGGACUCUUCACCCAAACGAUAUAUCUAGCAUCAGCCACCCCAUGCUCGUCCGGGAGCCUCUUGUGAUUCAAGAACAUGCCAUGACUGACGAAUACCACGCAAUGCUCCUGUUCAGCGUGCCCGCUAGUUAUAACGACACCUUUCCUGUUAGUGUAACCCACCUGUCCGUGUAUCUUUUCGAGGUCGAGGGAGAAAGAGGUCAGACCUGGCGAAUUCACGACCGUAUCGAUAUCUCCUUCUUGCCCGAGUCCUGCAGAAAUCCGCGAAAUGUCAGUGGCACAGUGGUCGCAAGUACGAGCCGAAAGUUUGUAUUCAUCUAUGGAUAUGGUGCUCGACUGGAAUGCAAUCAGACGAUUGUGUACAAUCCCAGCACACGGCGACACCGUCUAGUCCGCAUAGUAUCAGCCAGCGGGCGCGGGCGCGGGCGCGGGCCGGAGCGUAAGCGUACAGCAGCGCUCUCCAGCCACUCCGCUCAGCCACUCAUUCUGGGCGGCACUGCAGCUAUGCUGGCAAUACGUGACAUCACUAAUCCCAACGGAACAGAGAGCAUACUGAUGUUCGGUGGUACUGGCUGCGAGUUGAGCAACAUCUUCGCUGAGCAUUGCCAACAAUUCUCCAACGACGUCCAUGUCCUUCAGUUGUCUGGUGACAAUUUCGAGAUUGGUUCGUGGACAACGCGGGUUUCGAAUUCUGGCGUUUUGCACCCCUGUCCUACUCCACGAAUUGCGUCCCUACUGCUUAAUGCUGACGCCAGUGACGGACCGAGACUGUUCGUUUAUGGAGGCAUGUCUUUGUCUUCGUCAGGUGGUACUGAAACGGGGCGAUAUCCGCUUGAGGCGAAAUGCGACUUGUGGCAAUUUCAUGCAUCAAGUCGUGAGUGGACGAAACUAACACAUCUGAAGGAGAACUGUGAGGCACGCGCGGCAUCAUCCUGUUUUGCCUGGAAUCGCCUCCCUCUACGGCCGUUCGGUGCUUACUCGCAAGGAGCUGGAGAGUUGGCGAUUGUCAAUAUCGCCUUCUCCGAUGGUGCAGUUCCCUUGGCAUGUUUUGAGAGCAGUUUGUCCAUUUCCCGUAUCACCAUACGAGGAACGCGCACCGGUAAUUGGUCUACUGUCAAGCAAACCACCACAACUAACUUCGCACCCGAGCUGAUGCAAGACGUGUCGCGAAUACGAGCGCUGGGAUUCCUGUACCACAAUACAUCUCUGUUCAUGGUGCAGACGAGUAUACCUUUCACAGUUAAUCUGUCUGUAGAGUUUGACUACGUUACUGGUCAGCCGUCAGUGGCUUGGCGAGCACUGCCAGGGGAAGACCCGAUGUACAGCUUUCCAGGGAAUGUUGGAUGCAUUACUAUGCAGACGCCUAUCUAUUUCCGUCCUCGGCCACAUGAGGAAGGUGAUGAAAGCUUCGGCGAACCAUACGCUGCAAUGAUCGGUGGCUUCUGCAUGUUCCCUCGCUACGCGUAUUCACGAAGGGCAGAAGGAGAUACCUGGCCAGAACCGUCUUGGAAAUCUUUGCCUAUAUGGUCAUACAGUUCCCACGCGCAUGAAUACAUCAUGCGAGUCAUCAAGCCUGGUCCACCGUUUGCUGAUCGUUUUUGUCACUCGUUGCUUCAGCUGUUUGACAGCACGAGGCCGAAAGCAGUCAUCUACGGUGGCAUCCCACUGACUGGGGCGCCACCCGACAGGCAUGUAUGGUGCUUUGACUGGCUUGACCAGUACUGGCGGAUAGGAAAUCUCACCAAUCGCCACCAGACUCCAGAACGGUCGGGAUUUGCCGGUAUUGGCCACUCUGCCGUCACUUUGUCCAACACAAGUUUUUUACUCUACGGCGGGAUGGAAUGGGAUCCCAUUACCGGUGUGUUAGCGUUGGCCCUGAAUCAGACCUACGUGUUCACGUUCAGCGAUUUAUCUACAUGCACCGGUUCAUGGCGUCAAGUCUCCACUGCCAGGCCAAUGCCGCGUAGGAUGAUGCACACAGCCACGGUACACGAUGGCAAGGUGAUAGUGGGCGGGGGUUUUACGAGCCACUUUCAACCGGUAAACCAUGCACUUCUGUCUUUGACUAUUGUCGUGUCCAGAUCGAGAGUUACUGUCGACUGGACACCGAUUCCACUGUUGCCAACGCUACUCGACCGCAUCAUGUACAGUCUGGCAAGCUUUUCUAAAUCCACGCUCCUGAUCGUGGGUGGUGUCAAGAUCAAGUGCUUAUAUAACUAUAAAGAUCACCGUGCGAAGAAAUGUUUAUCGAUUCCCUCAUACCUGGUUCCUUUACCAGCCCCGCUCUCAGAUCUCAGAAACAUGACAACACUGAGGAAUACUAACGUUAUCCCAUUCUUCAGCAGCUACCCUAUGGUCGGACACUCCGUGGUGGGAAGUGUGGUGUAUGGCGGCAUUCUACUGCCUUUUCCCAAUCUGGCGAACCCACAGAGUGCAGUGUUCAGCGACAAAACGUGUCAUUACAACAUGGCACCACAUCACUGCCCGCUUGGCCAUGGAUGGGUGAAUGACAGUUGUAAGGCAUGCGACGUCAAUUUCUACUCAUCCGAUCUAAGCGGCAUUUGCACCGAAUGUGGACCUUACCUGAUCACAAACUCAACCGCUUCCAAGGAAUGCAGCGCAUUGGACCCAUGUUACAAGGACUUCUGCCAUGGGCACGGAGAGUGCUUAGUCAACCAUAGAAAAGCCACGUGUAGCUGUGACUGGGGAUAUCUGUCGUAUGACAACUGCCAACUUCCCUUGGUUAUCAUCCUGAUCGUUACUGGUACAGUUAUUCUUGCUCUGACAAUCCUGUUUGUGUGGAGGCGUGUACGACAGAGCCAGAAACUGUUUCGCCAACGAGAACAAGAUCUGCAGGUUUCGCGCUGGCAAUUGAGGCAAUUGGCCAACGGUGUACUGGUGAAAUGGAGAGAGAUUGAGCCAUCCAUCAAGAGGAUAAUCGGAAGUGGCUCCAGCGGUGAUGUGUUCCUUGCAGAGCUGUCGGAUAUACCAGUGGCUGUGAAGGUGCUUCGACGCGGUCGAAUGGACGACGUCUUUCUACAGCAGUUCAUACGGGAGCUUGAUUUGAUGCGAACAGUCCGCCAUCCGAACAUUGUAAUCUUCCUUGGUGCAGGUACAAAGCCGCCGCAGCGCUCACCGUUCAUUGUUAUGGAGUAUGUGAUGCGAGAAUCACUGUUCAAGAUUCUGUCUGAGCACGCACCGCACGCUAUUAGCUGUCAGCGAAAGAUUGACUUCGCAACGGACAUAGCAAGCGGAAUGGAGUUUCUGCAUAGCUCGGAACCACCUCGAAUUCAUUGCGACCUCAAGAGCUCCAAUCUCCUGGUGACGAGCAAGUGGAAAGUGAAAAUAGCGGACUUUGGCAUGCUACGUCUUCUAUCGACUAUCGACUUCUACGGCAGAAUGGACCCUGAGGAGAACCUAGUGGCAAACACCGCAGCAUGCGCCCCAGGCUUUAACCACGUUACCAUGCCAAUACCUAGACCUUUCACAGCAACACCAGACGGUCCAGAGGAAGAGCACGAUACGGAGCCACUUCUUACCUGCGCUCAACGCGCAGAACAUUCAGAUUUGCAGCCGCAGGUAGUCGCUGACUGCAGGAAUCACGCUGCUACUACUAGUAUGCGUGUGGAAGGCACUGCCGGCUUGACACAGGCCAUGGGCACGAGUCGAUGGUGUUCGCCGGAAACCCUGACUGACGGCGUCUUUGAUGAAUACACAGAUGUGUACAGCUACGGCGUGGUGCUCUGGGAAAUUCUUACCCACGACAAACCGUACAAUGAGCAAGAUGACGAGAAUGAUGUGAUACGUGGCAUCAAGAAUGGAGAGCGCCUUCCCCUGCCUCCGGGGCAAGAGCUCUACGAACUUAAGCGGAUAACUGAGGACUGCUGGAGCAAAGAAGCAAAGAGUCGACCGUUGUUUCCGGAGAUUCUGGGCCGCCUCAACCUGGCACGAUGAAGUUACAGUUUCACCCAUUUAUCAUUCAGCACUGGAAUUGCAAUGGCAGUUGUAAAGCUUGUGCCCACACGUUUAUGCCGUCAAUACAGGUACUGCUUUGCAUCAUCUACACAGCUGAAGGUGGUGUCUGAAAGCUACGUCGCACUAGCGGUCGGAAGACAAUUUGUGCAUUUCUUCAAGGUCUGAACAUUCUAUCGCACCGGUCUAAGUGCUACAUAUGCAUAUGUACAUAAUGCCAGAAGGUUGUUUAUAUCCAUAACCAGCGCCAGCUAACUAGUCUUACUAGAACAGUACGCACGCAGAAGUCUCUUGUGUUCUUGUGGUCCACUUUCACAACAACAACAACAACAACAACAACAACAACAACAACAACAACAACAACAACAACAACAACACACGAACAUACAUGUACAUGUAGAAGUCUAUGCUAUUAGCACGGUCGGGUGGCUUGGCAAUGACACGCACUUUCCAACGUUCUUCGGCCGUUGGAAACCGUACCAUUCUUGCCAGUUCAUUCUCAGAAUUCAUUCUAUUAUUCUAUUCUGUCAUUCUAUUUUCUGUAAUCACAUUUUCAUUCCUGGCCCUCCGGGGUGUAUCUCCUGUCGUAUUUUCAAGGUCGCCUCCUGCUCGCCUAGUAUACAAUAUACAUAUACAUGUACAUGUACAUCAGAAAUAAAAGGACACGUAUGAAUUCAAGAAAAAAUAAUAGCUUCCACGUAAAUGAGUGUGAUGGCGAAAUUUCUCAACACAAUUGUAUAGCCGGUGGUAUUGCGCAUGUGCGAACGUUACGUACUAGUACUUCAAGUUUGAACUGUCUUUUCCUCUUUCUAUUGAUGUGUUGUUGUCUCGGAUUACUUCGAGUUCGACAUGGAAUAUUGAAAUCCCCUUCUUUGCUAUUCUCACCAAUCAGUACACGCAUACACAGCGAUGAUUUUUCCUUUGUAUAUUUCUAUUUCAAGAUGAACAUGCCUUACGGCUUCACCUCAGCAGAGUGUGGUGCUGCAUAUCCGCCGUCUUCCUUCUCAGUGAACAAUACCCUCACCUUGAGAUUUCAGAAAAAUUUUACACCAUUUUUUUAGCCAUUGAUUUUCAAUUUGGCACUAUGCUGCUGAUGUACAGUAUUAGUUUUAGAUUUUUUAAAAGCAUUUUAACUGCAUUUCGCCAAAUCUUGAUAGAGUCGCAAAUUCGCAUGAAUUCGGAGCAUAGCCAGCAGCUAUGCAACACAAUCAUUUUACAAGUACUGUAGACGGUACAUGUAUUCAUAGUGUUUCCAUUACA